AGUCUCUUCACCAAUCGAGAUGCAGAGCUUGAGCAGAGAGCCAUGCUACUCAAAAGACUGGCCUUCACCAUCUACAGCAGCGAGGUGGACCAGUACCAGAAGUACUUACCAGACAUCCAAGAGCGUCUUGUGGAGAGCCUACGACUCCCUCAAGUGCCCAUCCUCCAUGCUCAGGUCUUCCUCUUCUUCAGAGUGCUGCUACUGCGCAUGUCCCCCCAGCACCUGACCUCACUCUGGCCCACGAUGAUCACUGAGCUGGUUCAGGUUUUCUUACUUAUGGAACAGGAACUCACUGCAGAUGAGGACAUCACCAGGACCUCAGGUCCCUCGGUUGCAGGGCUUGAGACAACAUACUCAGGGGGCAAUGGGUUCUCUACCUCCUAUAACAGCCAGCGCUGGCUUAACCUCUACCUGUCUGCCUGCAAGCUGCUGGACCUGGCCCUCGCUCUACCCUCUGAGAGUCUGCCUCAGUUCCAGAUGUAUCGCUGGGCUUUCAUCCCUGAAGCCUCUGAUGACUCUGGACUGGAGGUCCGCAGACAGGGGACCCAUCAGAGAGAGUUCAAGCCCUAUGUUGUCAGACUGGCCAAACUGCUGAGAAAAAGGGCCAAGGUAAUACAACCGUGAAACAGUUACCACAAU